AUGGCAUCCACAUCCAGUCGCACACCAACCGACGAUGAGCUUCGCCACAAACAGUUCCUUAACUCGGAAUGGGAGCGCGAGGAAGCCUUCGAAGAGACCCUCAGAAGCCAGCGGUAUGAAGUCUUGCAGGCCGAGAUAAGCAAUGGUGCAGGCGAACGGGCUCGCAACAAAGUUUUCGACGAGUUCAUUGUGAAAAUCGACGAAGCGCGGGCGAACGCUGCCUACGCACGCAUGCAGGCCUUCGAAGGCGCUCGAGAGUCCCAACAGCUGGAGUACGAGAAGAAUGAAGCGAUAAGAAGUGCGGCGUUUCAGAGUGAAAUGCACACCUUUCAGGCCCAGGUUGUCGUCGAGCUGGAGGUGCAGGAGAAACACUGCUCGAGAUUCAUGGAUUUUCGUGGGCCAGUGUUGGCGCAGGACCACCAGCAUCGACAGGCCGUCUGCGCCUCGCUCAGACGUCGGUUUGAGCAGCAAUUUGACGAUAUCCUCAAACCUUGGGUGGAAGCCUUCGACCAAAAUUUCGAAGCUUUACUGAGAAAAAGACAGGAACGGGCCUUAAGACUACGUAGAGAGUACCCGCAACCCUUCGAUGAAUUGUUUCCGGGAGCUGAAAGCUCCACCACACACACAGUAGGAAGUGUACCGGGAUACCCGGACGCGGACCCGACCUGGACGUCCGGCUUCGAGGAAGAUUUAUCAGGAUCGGACUCAACUGAGAUAUCACCUUUGAUUCCUCUUCCGCAUGGGUCGCAUUCUCUUCGGCGCGAUACAAUCGGGAUGCCAUCGAGUUCCAGUAAUAUUCAAUACCUAGGGGGAGCAAAUCAGAGUGAAGAAGACCCAGGUAAUCUUUCGGGUCCCGUAGAAGGUUCUCGUCCAGGGGGAGCCAUGCCACCCCUUGCAUGUGAAGAAAUGGGCGCAUCACCAUCUCGGGAGGGCUCAAACUCCAACCCGGCAAGAAACGAGGAUGCUAGUCCUAAAGGCAUGCAACCCACAGAGCUGUCGAUUGAUGUAAUGUUCCAAGAGAACCAGACGAACCGCCGGGAGAGAUUCAGAGAGGAGGAGCGGGAAAGGGUAGAACGCUGGAUCGCAGAGGAAAUGGUGCGGGAUUACGCAGGAACUGAUAGGGAAGUGGUGUUUGAGUCGAAGAUACUGGAUUCUGCAAAAACAUUCACCCAAGAGAUGCUAACAUACGACCGGAUAUUCGAGAUCAAACAGCAAGAUAGAGUACUGGACGUCACCGGCGAUCGGUUCAAUGAGGCCCUAUCUCAAUGGGUCGGCAGCUUCAGGGCCUUCGAAUCUCAAACCGACUCCCUUUAUGUCAGUAUGAUGAAGGCAGAAGAGGACCUUGUCCAGGCGCUGCAGGACACCGUGGAAGAGGUCGUUGAACGCCAGACGGACUGGAUGAAUGAUCUCCGAGACAAACAUAGGAAAGUUUUCUCUCAGACAAGAUCUCUCCUCGCUAUGUGGGUCGGUUGUUCGAUAUCGCUGCCAUGGAAUUCUAAGGGACAAUCGACGCGGCGCAAGUUCAUGUACCGAACAGCGAACCGAGAAAGCGAGAUGGUUAGAGACAUAGAUCGGGUAGGAACCGGCCCCGCUCCAAAGAGGCCAUGCCCACUGCGGCAGGGUGGUGGACCCAUCCGAUUACCAUCAUUCAACAUAGCAAGGAGACCUUCAUCGCCUGUCACAGGCGUGGGUAUACAAAGCAUCGUCGCACGUACUUAUAUUGCCGAUCCCCUUCCUAUCCCCGGCGACUUACACGGGAGAGAGGCGAACCUCUCCGGUGAACGAGACCGGCAGACAGUCUUUCGAGAAUCGCAGGAGAGCAUGAAGACAGUAUUUGAUAAGAGUAUGCGAAAGCGCCAGCAGGAAUUCGCGCUCAAGGAGGCGGGCCGUGAACAAGCCUUUGCGCAGGCGCAGACAGCCUGGCAACGCAGAUGGCAGGCUCAGGAAAGAUCUCAGAGCGACGAGUAUAUCGACUCUCAGAGACGGAGGGCUGAGGAGUUCCAAGAGAGCCAGGUAGUCCGCAAGAGGAAAUUUCACGAGGAACAACGAGACAGAGCAAAGAGAUUUCACGAUUUCAUUGAAGCCAGGAGGGACGAGUUCAGACGGAAUCAGGAGGCGCGAGAAGUGCGAUGGACGCAAGGAGAAGACAACCUCCGGUACGGGUUCUGGGAAUGGGAGGAGGAAUAUCUCGCGCAGCUAAGCGGUAUGGUGACGAAAUACCAGGGGCUCUUUUGUGACGAUGAGGCCAGCCGCCACCAGGAUUUUGAGCGCGCGGUUGACUCCAGGGUCCCUUACAGCGACCGUCCGGGCUCUGGCUGCUCUAUUGCGUGA